CCAUACCAAACCCCACACCACCCCCUCUCUCUUUAUUUCCAGGUUUAUGUAAAUGAGAUGCCCCCCUUCCCCACUCUCACGAGCCACAUUCACUGAAGGUGUGCGCGCGCCCGCAGAUCAGCAUGGAGACUCCACACGCAAAGUUUGAGGCGAUAAACUGCGUUUAAUUCACUCGCCGUGGACGCGCAACACACAGGAGCGAUGUUCGGCACGCCGUGGGAUUUGUUGCUCUUUGUUUUCGGUUUCUUUAAAGUCCCGUGGGUCGCGGAUUGUUUUGUCGUUCAUCUGAGUGAAGAUGCGGGACCGGGCGCCGCGCUCAUCGCGCUGGAGAGCGGCGCGUCUUGCGCACUGGAGCAGCUCAUCCUGCCCGGAUUCGCCGAGAGUUUUCUGCGCCUGGAUGAUGCGGGUGUGCUCGCGCUUUCGGACUCUGUGAAGUGCCACGCGCUUCCCUCGAACCCGUUCACGGUGUACGCGGUUGUGGACUGCGCGGACAACGAGUCCGGUUUCAGACACCUCUUAACCAGUCAGUAUGAUGUGCACGUGCACGGCAGGAACUGUGCAAACAAACGCAAACGUAAAGAACAAGUGGACGUGGAAGUUAUAAGUUUAUCAGAAGGAUCGGGGUGCACCGAGGCGGGCUCCGUUGUCUUCCGGGUGUCUGAUGUGUUACCCGGUUACCCGUCGCACAGGUUAUCCUGUAACGUGAGCGGGACUUCAGCGGGACUUUACUUUGCUGACGGACGGAUGCUCGCCUCCGCGCCGUUCUGUUUCACCCGUGACUCUCUGAUUGAGUUUCACCUGCGAUGCGCGAGACGAGAGCGAGGCGAACAAACGCGUUUCGUGUAUGCGCAUUUGCGCGCGGGUCGCGGCCCGUUCACUCAAAUUCACCUGAUGAAGUUACUGGAGCGGGCCGCGCGCUCAGACUCAGGUCUGUUGAGCAGGCGCAGGAGAGCAGUCAACAAUAACCCUCAGUUUCAACCCCCCAUGUAUCAGGUGUCCGUCCCAGAGAAUCAAGCAACCGGGACUUCUGUUGUUGUUUUGAAAGCGGUUGACCAGGAUGAAGGCGACGCCGGGCGGCUGGAGUAUUUUUUGGAAGCACUUUUUGACAGUCGGUCCAGUAAUCUCUUUGCGGUCGACCCGGUCAGUGGAGUCGUUUCCACCGUUGACAUACUGGACAGAGAAACCAAGGACACGCAUGUGUUUAGGGUGACUGCAGUGGAUCAUGGGACACCACGCCGCACUGCGAUGGCCACUCUUACGGUGACAGUGAGCGACACGAAUGAUCACGACCCUGUGUUUGAACAGCAGGACUAUAAAGAGAGUGUGAGGGAGAAUCUGGAGAUCGGUUAUGAGGUCCUGACCGUACGCGCUACAGAUGGAGAUGCCCCCGUUAACGGAAACAUCCUUUAUCAUUUGCUCAACAACAACGGCACUAAUGGCGUGUUUGAGAUCGAUUCCCGCUCGGGCGUCAUACGCACUCGAGGGCCGGUCGACCGGGAAACAGUUGAAGCCUAUGUACUGCUGGUCGAAGCGAAUGACCAAGGUCGUGACCCCGGUCCUCGCAGCGCAACGGCCACUGUGCACAUCGUGGUGGAGGACGAUAACGACAACGCACCGCAAUUCAGUGAGAAGCGCUAUGUGGUUCAGGUUCCUGAAGAUCAGACGCCCAACACUGAAAUCCUGCAGGUGACCGCCACUGACCAGGACAGAGGGAACAACGCCAUGGUCCAUUUUAGCAUCAUGAGCGGUAACACCCGGGGUCAGUUCUACAUCGAUGCUCAGACAGGUAAACUAGACCUGGUGAGUCAACUGGACUACGAGAUGAAUAAGGAGUACACGCUUCGCAUUCGAGCGCAAGAUGGUGGACGUCCUCCUCUGUCCAACAUCACUGGCCUCGUCACAGUGCAGGUGCUGGACGUCAACGAUAACGCCCCCAUUUUCGUCAGCACACCGUUCCAGGCCACGGUGCUGGAGAAUGUUCCCGUGGGAUAUUCUGUCAUCCAUAUUCAAGCCGUGGAUGCUGACGCUGGAGAUAAUUCACGUCUGGAAUACCGUCUCACAGAAACCACUCCCAACUUCCCGUUCACUAUCAAUAACAGCACGGGAUGGAUCGUUGUGGCUUCGGAACUGGACAGAGAGAGCGUGGAUUUUUAUAACUUUGGGGUGGAAGCUCGUGACCACGGAACGCCGGCUAUGUCUUCAUCUGCCAGCAUUAGCAUGACUAUUUUAGAUGUCAACGACAACAACCCCGAGUUCACGCAGAAGGCCUAUUACAUGCGUCUGAACGAGGAUGCGGCCGUAGGAACGAGUGUCGUCACGGUGUCCGCUGUCGAUCAAGAUAUUAACAGUGUGGUGACGUAUCAGAUCUCCAGUGGAAAUACAAGAAACCGCUUCUCCAUCACCAGUCAGAGCGGUGGAGGCCUGAUCACACUCGCGCUGCCACUGGACUACAAACUGGAAAGACAGUAUGUCCUCACGGUCACGGCGUCUGAUGGUACUCGCGUGGACACGGCCAAAGUUUACGUCAAUGUUACGGACGCCAACACACACAGGCCCGUUUUCCAGAGCUCCCAUUACACGGUCAACAUUAAUGAAGAUCGUCCCGUGGACACGACUGUAGUUAUGAUCAGUGCCACGGAUGAGGAUACGGGCGAAAAUGCUCGAAUUACGUACUUCAUGGACGACAGCAUUCCGCAGUUUAACAUCGACCCUGACAGCGGCGCUGUGACCACCCAGAUGGAAUUGGACUACGAGGACCAAGUCUCGUACACGCUGGCCAUCACAGCUCGAGACAACGGCAUCCCGCAGAAGUCGGACACCACCUAUCUGGAGAUCCUGGUGAAUGACGUGAACGAUAACUCACCUGUGUUCCUGCGAGACCGUUACUUCGGCUCUGUCAUGGAGGACAUCCCCGUGUUCACCAGCGUUCUGCAGGUGUCCGCAACCGACCGAGAUUCCGGGCUCAACGGACGAGUGUUUUAUACAUUUCAAGGGGGAGAAGAUGGUGAUGGCGACUUCAUUAUCGAGUCCACGUCAGGCAUCGUGCGAUCUCUACGACGUCUGGAUCGAGAAAACACACCCAUCUAUAAUCUCCAAGCGUUCGCGGUUGAUAAAGGAGUGCCGGCACUCAAGACCCCAGUGGACAUUCAAGUGACCAUUCUGGAUGUAAAUGACAACCCGCCCGUAUUUGAGAAGGAUGAGUUUGAUAUCUUCGUGGAAGAGAACAGCCCCAUCGGGCUCGUGGUGGCCUACAUCUCCGCAUCAGACCCGGACGAAGGCAGCAACGCUCAGAUCAUGUACCAGAUCGUGGAAGGCAACAUCCCUGAGAUCUUCCAGCUAGAUAUUUUCUCUGGAGAGCUCACCGCUCUGACUGACCUCGACUAUGAGACGCGUUCAGAGUAUGUUAUCGUGGUCCAGGCCACGUCCGCUCCACUCGUCAGCAGAGCCACGGUCCACAUCAAACUUAUUGAUAAAAAUGACAAUGUCCCCAUCCUCAAGAACUUCCAGAUUAUAUUUAACAAUUAUGUGACCGAUAAAACCAACAGCUUCCCAUCUGGGGUCAUCGGACGGAUCCCGGCCAGCGAUCCAGACGUCUCCGAUCAGCUUCGCUACAGCUUUGAGGCCGGAAAUGAACUGAACUUGGUGAUUCUGAAUCGGAGCACCGGUGAGAUCCGACUCAGCCAAGCCCUGGAUAACAACAGGCCACUGGAAGCGUCCAUGAGGAUCUCAGUCUCAGAUGGAGUUCACUCUGUAUCAGCUCAAUGUCUGCUGCAGGUCACCAUCAUCACAGAUGAAAUGCUCUCCAACAGCAUCACGCUGCGAUUGGCCAACACAUCGCAGGAGCGCUUCCUCUCACUCUUAUUGGCUCAGUUCCUGGAGGGCGUGGCCCGGGUGCUCUCGGCCUCUCGCGAGGACGUGGUGGUCUUCAACAUCCAGGACGACACGGACGUCAGCGCCGGGAUUCUGAACGUCAGUCUGUCGGUGGCGGUGCCGGGCGAGGGUUCGCGGGGUCACGGGGUCAGUCCGGCUCGUUUGGGUCGGAGCGGCGGAGGUGAGGUGGAGUUCUUCGGAUCGGAGGAGUUACAGGAGCGUUUGUAUUUGAACCGCAGUCUGCUGGCUCAGAUCUCCUCGCAGGAGGUCCUGCCGUUCGACGACAACAUUUGCCUGCGGGAGCCGUGCGAGAACUACAUGAAGUGCGUGUCCGUCCUGAAGUUUGACAGUCUGGCACCGUUCGUGGCCUCGGACACCAUCCUGUUCCGACCCAUCCAUCCCAUCGGCGGACUGAGGUGUCGCUGUCCGCUCGGGUUCACGGGUGAUUACUGCGAGACUGAAAUCGACUUGUGUUACUCCAAACCCUGCGGCCCUCACGGCAUCUGUCGCAGUCAUGAAGGAGGCUUCACCUGUGAGUGUCUUCAUGACUACACAGGUGAUAGGUGUGAGAUCUCGUCUCGCUCCGGUCGCUGUACUGAUGCGGUGUGUAGGAACGGUGGGACGUGUGUCAAUCUUUUGGUUGGUGGAUUUAAGUGCGAGUGUCCGUCUGGAGGAUUUGAGAAGCCGUUCUGCUCCGUGAGCUCCAGAAACUUCCCACCACAAUCCUUCAUCACAUUCAGAGGUCUUCGUCAGAGAUUUCACUUCACACUGAAGCUCUCGUUUGCGAGUCGAGAGCCGAAUGGUUUGUUGCUGUAUAACGGUCGCUUUAAUGAGAAACACGACUUCAUCGCUCUCGAGAUCAUCAACCAACAGAUUCAACUCACAUUCUCCGCAGGUGAAACUAAAACAACUGUGUCACCUUUUAUCCCGGGCGGAGUCUCUGACGGCCAAUGGCACACAGCGCACGUUCAUUAUUAUAACAAGCCCGUCCUGAAUCGUGCUGGUCUUCCUCAGGGUCCAUCUGAUCAGAAGGUCGUCGUGGUAACGGUGGAUAACUGCGACACAUCUGUUGCUCUGCGAUUCGGUCAUGUGAUUGGAAAUUAUUCGUGCUCUGCCCAGGGCAGCCAAUCAGGAUCUAAGAAGUCUUUAGAUCUAACGGGUCCGUUGCUGCUGGGCGGCGUUCCCAAACUUCCCGAGGAAUUCCCCGUUCAGAACCGGCAGUUCAUCGGCUGCAUGAAGGACCUGCGCAUCGACAACAGACAGAUCGACAUGGCCGGUUUCAUCGCUAAUAACGGAACGUUACCGGGUUGUUCAGCGAAGCGUCAGAUCUGCAGUAAUAAUCCGUGUUUGAACGGAGGAUCGUGUGUGGAUGAGUGGGGUUCAUUCAGCUGUCACUGCCCUCUGGGGUUCGGAGGACGCAACUGUGAGAAAGUGAUGCCAAACCCUCUGCGUUUCCAAGGCAACAGUCUGUUGUCAUGGAAUAAUCUGGCCGUCGUGGUAACCAUUCCCUGGAAUCUGGAGUUCAUGUUCCGCACGAGACAAAUGAGAGCAACAAUACUGUACAUCAGUUCAGGACAUCACAACCUGACCAUACAGCUGCGGGGUGGUCGUGUCGUGAUGGUCGUCCAGCGUGGUGAAGACUCGACCGUGUCUCGUGUUGAUGAUGUCACAGUGGAUGAUGGUCAGUGGCAUGACAUUGAGCUGGAGCUGAGAGGUUCAGCGGAGGGUUCGAUCACAGCCGUACUGACUCUGGAUCAUGGCCUGUAUACGUCAUCCAUGCAGCUGGACUCACAGAUACAGGGAGUGAAAAUAAAGAUGCUCAGUGUCGGUGGAGUCACAGACGACAAGAAUCAAAUCAUGAACGGAUUCAAAGGAUGUGUUCAGGGUUUGCGUUUGGGUGAAUCCUCAUCGUCUCCUGUAUUUCCCAGCAUGCAUCAGGCUCAUGUUAUAAACGUUGAGUCAGGCUGCAGUCUUCCAGACCCCUGCGGAUCAAACCCGUGUCCAUCACACAGUUACUGUAUGAAGGAGUGGGACUCGUAUUCGUGCACGUGUCACACGGGUUACUAUGGCAAUAACUGUACCGACGUCUGUGCUCUUAACCCUUGUGAGCACCAAUCGGCUUGCAGCAGAAAGCCAAGCUCCGCCCAUGGAUACGUGUGUAACUGUCCUAGCAACUACUUUGGCCAAUAUUGUGAGAAAAAGAUGGAUGUGCCGUGUCCUCGUGGAUGGUGGGGUGAGAAGUCAUGCGGUCCGUGUAACUGUGAGACCUCAAAAGGAUUCGACUCUGACUGUAAUAAGACGACUGGAGCGUGUCGCUGCAAGGAGAAUCACUAUCGGCCGGUGGGCAGUGAUGUGUGUCUGUUGUGUGACUGUUACUCCGUGGGUUCGUUUUCUCGCACGUGUGAUCGUGAAAGCGGUUUGUGUCAGUGUAAACCGGGCGUCAUCGGCCGUCAGUGUGACCGAUGUGAUAAUCCAUUCGCUGAGGUCUCGUCCAAUGGCUGUGAAGUCAUCUAUGACAGCUGUCCUCAGGCUAUAGAAGCUGGGAUCUGGUGGUCCAGAACUAAAUUUGGUUUACCGGCGGCGGUCUCGUGUCCUAAAGGAUCUAUGGGUACAGCGAUCCGUCACUGUGAUGAACACAAAGGCUGGCUGUCACCAAACCUCUUUAACUGCACAUCUGUCAGCUUCAGCAAACUCAAAACACUGGCGGAGCGUAUAGGAAGAAACGCGUCACUCAUAGACUCCAGUAACGUUCAGGAGACCGCAGCGUUUCUGUUUAACGCCACACAGAACACCAAAGAGUUUUACGGUAGUGAUGUGAAGAUCACAUAUCAGCUGAUCCGCUCCAUCCUUCAGCACGAGAGCAGACAGCAGGGCUUCAACCUCACUGCUACUCAAGACGUACUGUUCAAUGAGCAUCUGAUGCAUGUGGGCAGUGCUGUGCUGUCAGCUGACACUCGAAGCCAUUGGCAGCUCAUUCAGCAGACGGACGGCGGCACGGCGACUCUGCUCAGAGAGUUUGAGGAGUACACAAACACCCUCGCCCAAAACAUGAGGAAGACUUACCUUAACCCGUUCACUAUCAUCACACCUAACAUUGUUGUCUCUAUCGAUCGUUUGGAGAAGAUGAAUUUUGCUGGUGCAAAGCUUCCCCGUUAUCAGUCUCUGCGCGGGCCACGCCCACUGGACCUGGAGACAGCUGUCACUCUUCCUGACUCCGUCUUCAUUCCCGCCCCCGAGGGUAAAGGUCACCGUCAGCAGAACGAGCCAGUCACAGAGUCCGUGAGAAACCAGACGUCCAGUCGGAAGAGACGUCACCCGGAGGAGAGCGAGCAGGACGCCAUCGCUCGAGUGAUUAUAUUUCACAGUCUGUCCACACUGCUGCCUGAGAGAUACGACACCGAUAAGAGAAGUCUCAGGGUUCCCAAGCGUCCGGUCAUUAACACGCCUGUUGUCAGUAUAACGGUUCAUGAUAAUGAGGAGUUACUUCAGCACACGCUAGAUAAACCAAUCACAGUUCAGUUUCGUCUGAUCAGCAGUGAGGAGCGAUCCAAACCCAUCUGUGUCUUCUGGAACCAUUCAGUUGUUGGUCAGCAGGGUCAGGGUGGUUGGUCAUCUAAAGGUUGUGAGGUGGUCUUCAGGAACAUCACACACAUCAGCUGUCAGUGUUAUCAUAUGACCAGCUUUGCUGUACUGAUGGACAUCUCACGCAGAGAGAAUGGAGAGAUUCUGCCGGUAAAGAUCAUCACGUGGAGUUCAGUGGGCAUCACGCUGGGUUUCCUCUUCCUCACCAUCGUCUUCCUCACCUGUCUGAGAACCAUGAACAGUAACAAGAUCAGCAUCGUCAACAACGGCUCAGCCGCGCUCUUCAUCUCCAACCUCAUCUUCAUCUUUGGCAUCAAUAAUGCUGAUAAUCCGUUUGUGUGUACACUGAUAGCGAUCCUGCUGCAUUUCUUCUGGUUGUGUGUCUUCUCUUGGCUCUUUCUGGAGGGUCUGCACGUCUAUCGUAUGUUAAAUGAGCUCAGAGACAUCAACUACGGCCCGAUGAGAUUCUAUUAUCUGAUUGGCUGGGGGGUCCCUGCGUUUGUGACAGGUCUUGCUGUAGGUUUGGAUCCUGAAGGUUAUGGGAAUCCAGAUUUUUGUUGGCUGUCUCUCUAUGAUACGCUCAUAUGGAGCUUUGCAGGACCCAUAGCCUUCGUUGUGUCUAUGAAUGUUUUCCUGUACAUCACAGCAUCGAGAGCCUCGUGUUUGCUCAGACAGAAGAGUUGUGAGAAGAGAGAGAUGCCAGCGGCGGGGCUCCGGACAGCGUGUGCCGUGUUGUUCCUGGUGACGGUCACGUGUGUCCUGGCACUGAUGUCGGUCAACAGCGAUGUGAUUCUCUUUCAUUAUCUGUUCGCUGGAUUCAGCUGCGUUCAGGGUCCCUUCAUCUUCUUCUUCCGUGUGGUGUUUAAUAAAGAAGCUCGAGACGCCAUGAGCUACUGCUGCGGGAGAAAACAGCCGGAUCAUGUGAUCAAAACUAAACCUUCAGCGUUUAUCUGUAACAGUAACUAUCUGGACGGGCGUUUGUAUCAUCUGUCAUCGAGCGUCUCACUGAACGGAGCUCAAAGCGGCAAAAGCCUUCAAAACUACAUGCCCUUCAGUUUAGGAGGAGAUGAUUUAACCAGCAGUCAUUUGAGUCUGAAUGAACACAACACACAAGAGCAGAACAACGAUGAAGAUUCAGAUUCAGACAGCGAUCUCUCUCAGCUGGAGGACGAUCAGAGCGGCUCAUUCGCCUCCACACAUUCAUCUGACAGUGAGGAAGAUGAAGGAGACUUCCAGCAGGAGGAAUGCUGGGAAAAUCUCAUCACCAAUGGCAACAGGAAGCACGAUGCUGGAUCGUGUGAGGGUGAGACAGGAUCAGCUGAUGGCCGUCUGAAAGUGGAGACGGUGUCCAAACCCGUGGAGAAAGCAGAGGCUCAUGGGACAGAAAACCUCCUGCUGCUGCCUAAUUUACCAAACCCAAGCACACAGACGUACAGAGGAAUCUUGAAGAAGAAACAGCUGUCACCCAUCGCUGAGAGAAACGCUAUUAAUCGCAUCCACAAUCAGCUGUCUGUCAGCCCACCGGACUCCGCCUCCUCGCGCGGUGGGGGCGGAGCUAAACCGAAUCAUUCCAACGGAGCGUCUGUGAGUGUAGGAAGAAAAACGCUCGACAGCGACUCUUCUGAAUCUGAGUGCUGAUGCUGCGUGCAGGUUACUAUGGCGAUGAGGUGAUGAAGAUGAGCGAUCUGUCCCUCUGUUGGACUUCACAGCUGAUCUACACCGUGCCAAACGCUCAAGAGACUUGACAUUUUUGUUUACAUACUUGAAGUGAAGCACUUUUAUGAUUUAUUUUGUCCAGAAGAGGGCGACCGGUCUCUCUCGCUGCAUCAAAACUCAGACUUGUUGUACAUUUGAAUUUUUUAUGGAGUGAAUGAAGGACAGCUGAAGAAUCUGCACUGAAAUCAUGAAGAAGAUCCUUAAACCUUAAACUACUGACACAGCAGGACCUUCACUUCACACGAGAAUAAUAUGAUGUUUGAGAUUCACUUUUUUUGUACAUUUUGGGGACAAUUUUAUACAAACUUUAAAGAUUUUGAUUGAAGGAAAACGUUUGUAUUUUUUAGCUUAGAAAUAAUGCUGUUGCUUUGUAAAUGAUUUUGUAAAUGAUGUGCAUUAAAAUCUUUGGAGGUUGUGUUACAGUGUUGUACAGAUGUUAUGAAGAAACAACAACACCAUCACUCAUCAAUCUAACAGUUUUAUGGAUAUUGUAUUAUAAAAUGACAUUUGAUGUGAUGAUGAUAUUUCACUUGUAUUAGCUGUAAAAUAAACUACUGAGCCACGUGAUGAUAGAUGAUAACAAGCAUGUGAUCAGUGUGAAUGAUGCUGUCUAUUAAGAAACCUUAAAUCUCAGACAGUCACAGAUACACAGAGAGGAGCUGUCAGAAAAUAUCACGCAAAAUGAUGUUAAUGAGUAGAAAGACUUUUGUCUCUUUGAAAACCCCACACAGAUUAUUUUUGUGAUUUGAUAAACUCCUGGUGUAAAACCAUUAAUAUUACUCCGUAUUUUUAUCUGUUUACAUCUCAUACACAUGACGUCACUGCUAUGAACGCGUUUAACGGGUGCGUCAGACGUGGUGGGGAAACGCCUUGUAAAACAUCACACUGACCUGAAAUAAAAGUUUUUUUU